CAUGUAGGUCCCUAUUCCGUAUUAAUUGGGCAGGUUAUUUGCCGUAAUUGAAACAACCACUCUGGCUACAAAUAUCAUCUUAGAAAAUAUGCAUCUUGCACUACUUUAUGCUUAGAGCCCUCAAAACCUCACUUACAGCUAGUGAAAAAGAAGAAAGAUGACUUCAUGUUCGCAAACUGUGGCCGGCAUUCCAGUGGUAGAUUUUUCAAACGCGGACUGCUUGAAGCCGGGGACAAGCUCUUGGCUCUCAGCACGGAAAGACGUUUGCCGAGCACUCGAAGAGCUCGGCUGUUUCAUGGCAAUCCUACCCAGCAAAGUUCCUCCGGAACUUCAAAAAACCUUCUUUGAUGCAUUUGAAGAGUUGUUUAAUUUCCCCGUCGAUACUCCUGAGAAGCCUUUCCGUGCUGGCUACAUAACUUCAAGUUCUAGGCAGAAAGGCCUUGGAAUUGUUAAUGGCACAAACCCUAAAGAAACUCAGGAAUUCACACAUCAUUUUUGGCCAGAUGGAAACGACCAAUUUCGUGAGAGUGCGGACUUGUAUGCAAGAGUGAUGGCAGAAAUAGAUCAUGCUGUGACAAGAAUGGUAUUUGAGAACUAUGGUGUAGAGAAGUACCAUGACGAUCAUUUUCAGUCGACUUCGCACACUCUCCGAUUUUUAACAUACAAAGAACCCAAGAAAUUUGAAGUUGAUGUGGGUUUACGCAGUCAUACGGACAAGAACUUUUCCACCGUACUCCAUCAAAAUCAUGUCAAUGGUCUGGAGAUCAAUACAAAGAAUGAUGAGUGGGUAGUUUUUGAUCCUCUGCCUUCAUCCGUGAUAUUCAUAGCAGGUGAUGGAUUUCAGGUUUGGAGCAACGAUCGAAUUCGAGCAUGUAGGCAUAGAGUGAUACUGAGAGAAAAUGAGGCGAGAUACUCGUCCGAACUACUUUCAGUUAAUAAAGGGAUGAUACAAGUACCAGAUGAGUUCGUGGACAAGGAGCACCCCUUGCGGUAUAAGCCUUUGAAUCAUCUAGAAUUUCUUAGAGCACAUAAAGACGUCGGUGAAACUGAGUAUGCUGCACAGGCAUAUUGUGCCAUUUGAUGGUUUUCUUUAGUCCACAGAUCGCUCCAAGUUGUUGCCUGUUUGGUUUUAUUCCUUUCUCUUCCAUGUAGCUUCUUCUUUUCCCUUUUUUUUUUUCUUUAAAAAGAAAAACACAUGAUCUCUAUCUAUGGUUUUUUCUUUCUUUCUUAGCCAAUAACAAUUAAAUAAGAGUUUGAAAAGUUACAAAGUAAGAAUGGGUAACUCCAUAUCGAUGUAAUAGCAUAUUUCAAAAUAUAGCAAUU